GUUCUGAGUUACUUUGAAGUGUCACUAUGACUCACCUUGGGAACCUGCACUAACUACCAAAAGCGGGGAUUUCAUGAGCUGUAAAACCGUUUCUGGUGUUCUCAGGGAACAGGAAGAAAAAUCAUUCCAAAUGAUGGCAGAACACGGAGACCUUUGUGAUGGGCAGGAAGCCACCUACUGCAUGAAUGGAGGGACUUGCUAUAAAAUACAUUCCAUGGAUACACUCUCCUGUGUGUGCAAUGAAAAUUACAAAGGCAGCAGAUGUGAGCAGUUUCAGCUCUUCAGCAGUUCCGCCAAUGCAGGGGAGGCUGGGUUAAUUGCAGCCGUGGUCAUUGUUGCCCUCCUCAUCUUAGUGAUGCUUAGUGUUGUUAUCUACUACGUACGCAAGAUGUUGAAAGCCAAGCAAGAGAGCCAACAGAACAACCAACCACAGUAUUGGAGAGUAAAACCAAGAGUAUGAUCUUCCUUCUGAUGUGCAUUCGUUUCUCUUUUGGUUGUGUGUCAGAUGGGAUGAGAGAUACGUGUCAUUUGGCUUUUUGGACUUGGAUAUGACAAUGAGAGAACAAAGGAGAACUGCUGCACAGCUAAAGUCAAGGCAGGUGAAGCUGAUAAUUGAUUAAUUGUCUCAUGAGAUUUCUGGAAUCCACGCAGUUUAAAGAAAGGUGUAACUCAUUAACACACACACAAGCAAGGUGUGAAACAAGUGUGAGUGGAUGGGAAUUGAAUCACACCUCGCACAGUUUUAAACACAGCUAUGAAGUAGGCACUGGUGUUACUCGUGUUAAAUCACAUUUCAAUGUAUGUGCUUUGAGAUUUAUUUACAAAGCAUAGUUGGACUAUGUUAAAAAAAUAUGUGUAAUAUUAUUCUAAACAUUGAAUUGGUAAUAUGGAAUAAUGAAAUAACCCCCUGUAUCAAUCAAUGCAUGUGCUCAAUAUGCCAUUAGUAAAUAUUUUUAAAUUGUGAAAAAUACAUGUGAUGAUCCCUGUUGAAUGAUGUGACUGUGUGAUUUUUGGUGGGAGACCACACACACAUGUCCACACAUAUUGUAUUUGUAUACUUGAGGAUCCUGAUGGACCAGUCAUCCUCCAUCCUAACCUCAGCCUUUAGCAUAUUCUUAACCUAAUCCUAAAUCUAAUCUUAACCAUAAACCAUAAUUACCCCUUGAAGUAAACAGGAUUUGUCAGGAUGACCUCACUUUUCAAAAAUAUCUUCCCCCUGCAGUUUUUAAACUCAAAAUUGGCUCUGACAAAAGUGGACAUGUAGGAACACACUGCAAACUUAGUGAUACACUGUGUGGGAGUCUGUAUAAUUAGUGUAUCCCAAGCCAUUCAUCAGCCUCCUUAAAUCUAAAAACAGGGGCACAGGAGAUCCCAGGAGUUUCAUAAUGAGAAUGGUGGCAUCAAAUAUGCUUCAAUUCAGCGAGCUUAGGAAGGAAUUAAAACCAGUUGGACUGCAUUGCCAACAGUUUGUUAGUCUUUCUAUUUUGAUGUACUUCCAGUAUUCUCCAGCAGUUUCUAAGAACCAACACUGGAAGAAGAAAAUAUUUAUUUGGACAGCUGACAGCUUAGUUACUUACUAAAAUGCAUAAUAGCCACCAUUAAUGAACUAGCUUUGCAGCACACCCAUUCACUCAUUAACAUCUGAAAUUGUUCAGAAUCUUAUCUUCCAAGAUAAAGUCAGGAUUGUACUAAAUGGCUGAAGUCGAUUUUAGUACUUAUUAUAGAAAAGCGAUCUAGAAAGUUGGCUCAGCAGUAGGUAUGCUGUGAAAAUGUCACCCUAUUUAUUACUGAUAGGACAACAGUUAUUAGAUAAACACACAACAGGGUUUUUUCCCACAGCAUAUCAUGUUGCUAUGAGAAAAUAUCUGUACAGGGUUGGCCCUAAACAGAUAUUUCAUGUGACGUAGAAACUUUGGAUGUGUACCAUGCUGCUUUAAAUAGCAAUUGACCUCUUUCUAUCAUGUAUGAAAUGUUUUUAUUUCUCUCAAAUGCAGAAACAUAUAUAUUAAAAUGUUCUUGUGUUAGCUUUUAAAAAUGUAGAAAUGCAUGAACUCUGUGUACACUGAUAUCAUAAACCAGUGUCCUUUUUUGUGUUAGAAAUGCAGUAAUUUGCUUCCACCUAGUGGCAGAAUGGAUUACCUGCCACGUGUUGUAAUUUUGAAUAAAGUUUUCUUUGCAAAAUAUAUAA